AUGGUGCCACCGCGCCGCCUCAGUGAUCUGAAUGCUUUUGCGAAGGCGGGCAAUGUAGCUGCUGCGAGGGAGGUUUUCAAUGACUUGCAGUCUGCGCCUGCGCGUCUCCAGACAGUGGUGUGGAAUACUAUGCUCAAGGCACAUGCCAUCGCAGGCGACCUGCAUGGUGCGAGUGCCCACUUUGCUGCCAUGCAAGGAUGUCGCGUGGCGGUGAACUCGCGGACCUUCGGCAAGCUCAUCAGGUGUGCGGCAGAAGCGCGGCAACCAGAGGAAGCCGUGCGAUUCCUGCAGCUGUCCCAACAGCAUGGAUUGGCAGUGGAUGCCAUAGGCCAGACCUCCGUCUUGGAUUCCUUUGCCAAGGCUGGACGCCCAGAAGAAGCAGAGCAGUGGUUAGAAAGUGUGGCCACCGAUGGUGUUGCGCUGUCGGCGCUGGCUGCUGGCUACGCGCGCAUGGGCAAAGCACUGGAUGCCCAGCGGUGUUUCGAAAAACUCUUGGCAGCAGGUCUUUCCCCUCAAGAAGAAACUUGGGGCUUGUUGGCCAGCGCUUGGGCGAGACAAGGUGAAACUCAGAAGGCUGCACAGUGGCUGCGCCAGAUGGUGGAGAUGCAGAUGCAACCCUCGGAGGAGACCAUCGCUGCCUGCGUGGCGGCCUGUUCUAAGAGCGGCGACCCCGCGACGGCCGCAUGGGUUGAGGGAUUGCGGCAGCAUCCCCAGAGAGCGACUGGCAUUGAUGUGUACAAUGCCGCCAUUGGCGCUCGUGCCCGGAGCGGGAAGAUGCAGGAGGCUGAGAGCAAGUUAGAGGAGAUGCGGGCUGCCAAGGUCCAGCCCAACUUGAUCACCUACAAUGCAUUGAUUGAUGGGGCAGCUGGAGCCGGCCGACAAAGCGUGGCCCAACAAUGGCUCAGGCAACUGCGCCAAGAUGGCCUGUCACCAAACACGGUGACCUACACUUCGCUCAUCAAGGCCUGCUCCAAGUUUGGAGAUCUACCAGGAGCAGUGGGAUGGCUUCAUGAGAUGGUCGCGAAUGAGCUAACUCCCGAUGUCAUGGCCUACACAGCUGUGAUACAUUGCAGUGCCAAGAAGGGCAAUGUGGAAGAAGCCACCAGGUGGUUUGAACGGAUGUCUGCCAACGAUGUGCGGGGUGACUACGUGACUUACACGGCGCUGAUCAAUGCCUGCGCCAAGCGGAGUGAUGCAUUUGGGGCCAUGAAGUGGUUGCAACGCAUCGUGGUUGCUAUGUGA